GACUGGAAAGAAGUGAAGUGUUCGGCCGGAAAGGGCGGCGACGGUAUGAUCUGCUUCCUCAGGCUCUGGUGUAACCCAAUGGCCGGUCCCAGCGGUGGCGACGGCGGCAAUGGUGGGCACGUUAUACUCGAAGCCGAUCACCAAACCAAGUGUCUCUCCAAUGUGUCCACUCUUAUGAGGGCAGAGGCGGGAGAAAACGGUAUGUCUAAAGACAUGAGCGGCAAAAACGGUGAGCACACUGUCAUUAAAGUGCCGAUCGGGACACUCGUCAGAGACAAAGUGAGCCGUAAAUUGAUCGCCGAUCUGGACGUUAACGGCUCUAAGUUUAUCGCCGCCCGCGGAGGACAGGGAGGGAAAGGCAACCAUUAUUUCCUGAAUAACGCUAAUAGACAUCCAGGCGUUGCCGAAGUGGGUGCCAACGGAGAGGCCACGGCUUGGGUAUUGGAGUUGAAAACGAUGGCUCACUCGGGUUUAGUUGGUUUCCCGAAUAGCGGAAAGUCUACUCUAUUGAGAGCCAUAUCGAGAGCGAAACCAAAAGUGGCGAACUAUCCGUUCACUACAUUGAAUCCAAUGGUGGGAAUCGUUGAGUACGACGAUUACGAGCAGUUAGCUGUUGCGGAUCUGCCCGGCCUUAUACCUGGCGCUCAUCUCAACAAAGGUUUAGGCAUUUCCUUUUUAAGGCAUAUCGAGCGAUGUGUUUGCCUUUUCUAUGUCAUCGAUCUGUCUGUCGAACACCCCUUCGAACAGUUGACAUGUCUUAUGGCAGAACUCGAACACUACAAGAAAGGACUGUCCAAAAGGCCGCACACUAUAGUCGCCAAUAAGAUCGAUAGUCCCGGAGCUGAAGACAAACUAAAGCUAUUAAAAGAACACAUCGGAGAAACUGAAUUCCGUAUAAUCGCUAUUUCGGCCAAAUAUGGCACUAAUUUGACUGAAUUGUUGACAUAUUUUAGAGAAUUAUAUGAUUUGUAUAAUUAUGAUGAAAACGAUAACUGUAUGAUUUGGUAG